GAGUCGUCCACGAGUCAACUCCACCUCCCUCCUUCCCUCUCUCUCUCCUUCUUGCUGUCCCUCCAUCCCUCUUACUUUCACUGCGGUACAGCUGGCAAUUUAUAGACAAAAGGACGGUUGUGAUUAUAGGCCAUUAGGUGCUUUGCGCUGUAAAGAUUUUUUUUCUAACUUUGGCAGACGCUCUGGGUGACCACCGUCUGUCUGCCGGACGAAGGAUAUCCAUGGCUGCAUAAUCAGAAGCCUUGGCUAAAAUUUUGAAUUACCACGACUGUGAGCCGACAAAAAAGUAAACGAAACCUCGAAAUCGGCUGACUGGGAAAACACAUCUGGUUCACUAAUGGAGCGCUGUCAUUGGUGGAGGUAUAUGGUGACACUCCUAUUAGGGCUGUGGUCUACAUCCUGUCUGGCUCAGACCACACCCCCUACACAGACCACACCCCCUACAAAGUCCACACCUUCUCCCAUGCCACAGUCCGAGCAGGUCAAGUUCCGUUUGGCUGGUUACCCGAGAAAACACAACGAGGGGCGCAUAGAGGUGUUCUACAAGGGGGAGUGGGGAACCAUUUGUGAUGACGACUUCACAUUAUCCAAUGCCCACGUCCUCUGUCGCCAGCUGGGCUUUGUUUCUGCGACUGGCUGGACACACAGCGCCAAGUAUGGCAAAGGAGCAGGUAAGAUCUGGCUGGACAAUGUGCAGUGCGCCGGCAGUGAGACAAGUGUGUCUGUGUGCAAGUCGCGCGGCUGGGGGAACAGUGACUGCACUCACGACGAAGAUGCUGGAGUCAUAUGCAAGGAUGAGAGGCUGCCAGGAUACAUUGAUACUGAAAAUGUCAUAGAGGUGCAGAGGGAGGAAUAUCAUAUUGAGGAAGUGCGUCUGCGGCCCGUGGUCGCCACAGGCAAGCGGCGUCUCCCGGUAACGGAGGGUGUGGUGGAGGUGCGCUUCAAGAACAGCUGGGCACAGGUUUGCGACCGUGGCUGGACACCCAAAAACUCCCGUGUCAUCUGCGGCAUGAUGGGGUUCCCCCAUGAGAGGAAGGUCAACAAGAACUUCUACAGGCAGAAACUCAAAUCCAAAGCUAACGCUAAAGCUAAUGCUAACGUUAAAAUCAGCGUCAACGCCGCAAAGAAAAGGCUGUCCACAGAGCGUCAGAAGAGUCACUUCCUGAUUCACUCGGUGGCCUGUCUAGGCACUGAGGUGCACUUGGCUGCGUGCCCGUUGGAGUUCAGCAAGGGCAACAACACCGCGGGGGCCUGUGAGAACGGGAUGCCUGCAGUGGUCAGUUGUGUGGCAGGGCCACUGUACACGCACAACGCUGCCCUGAAGAAGAAGCUCAAGGUUUCGAAAGCCGUUCGCCUGAAGGGUGGCACGCAUGUGGGGGAGGGCCGCGUGGAGGUGAUGAGGGGAGGUGUGUGGGGGACGGUGUGUGACGACCGCUGGAACCUGCAGGCGGCCAGCGUGGUGUGCAGGGAGCUGGGCUUCGGCUCGGCCAAGGAGGCCCUGACUGGAGCACGCAUGGGGCAGGGCAUGGGUCCGGUCCACAUGAAUGAGGUGCAGUGUACUGGUGCGGAGCGCUCCAUCUGGAACUGCCCCUUUAAGAACAUCACAGAGGAGGACUGCCAGCACACAGAGGACGCGUCUGUCCGCUGCAACACCCCCUACAUGGGCUAUGAGAAAACGGUGCGUAUCGGAGGGGGGCGGUCCCGGUACGAGGGGCGCGUGGAGGUGCUCCAGGCGCUCCCCAACGGGACCCAGCGCUGGGGGCUGCUGUGUGGAGACGGCUGGGGCACCAAGGAGGCCAUGGUAGUGUGCAGGCAGCUGGGCCUGGGAUACGCCAACCAUGGGCUGAAAGAAACGUGGUACUGGGACGGCAGUAAUGUGACCGAUAUGGUGUGGAGUGGAGUGAAGUGCAUAGGGAAUGAGAUGUCCCUCUCACAGUGCCAACGUCAGAAAGUCUUCAGCUGCCCGAAAUCCACUGCCCGAUUUGCCGCUGGCGUCAUCUGCUCGGAGACGGCGUCCGACCUGGUGUUGAACGCCACGCUGGUGCAGCAGACGGUCUACAUCGAGGACCGGCCGCUGCACAUGCUGUAUUGCGCCGCGGAGGAGGACUGCCUGUCCAACACCGCCGCCCAGGCCAACUGGCCCUACGGCCACCGGCGCCUGCUACGCUUCUCCUCGCAGAUCCACAACGUCGGCCGCGCAGACUUCAGGCCCAGGCUCGGCAGGCACUCAUGGGUGUGGCACGCGUGUCACGGGCAUUAUCACAGCAUGGACAUAUUUACUCAUUAUGAUCUGCUGUCAGUUAAUGGCACAAAGGUGGCCGAAGGACACAAAGCCAGCUUCUGCCUGGAGGAUUCAGAUUGCCUGGAAGGUAUCUCGAAGCGAUAUGAGUGUGCUAACUUUGGAGAACAGGGCAUUACAGUGGGAUGCUGGGAUCUCUAUCGCCAUGACAUUGACUGCCAGUGGAUUGACAUCUCAGACGUGAAACCAGGAAAUUACAUUUUACAGGUUGUGAUAAAUCCAAAUUACGAGGUGUCGGAGAUGGAUUACACCAACAACGCCAUGAAGUGCAGCUGCAAGUAUGACGGCCAUAGGAUCUGGGUGCAUAACUGUCACAUCGGUGAUGCUUUCAGUGACGAGGUGGAGAGGAAGUUUGAGAAAUAUCCUGGACAGUUCAACAACCAGAUAACGAAUUAAGACACACACACACACACACACACACACACACUCACUCUCUCUCUGAAGAGACACAUGUCAACCUCAUACCAAACACACAAUCAUACUUAAGACAUUCUAGCUAUAUCUGGCUUUUUGCAGUCAUUCAUUCAUUCAGUCUUGCAUUGUGAUUUCCAUACUACAAUUCCCAUGAUACAGCACACCACAACCAUAUACAUAAUUCAUAUUCAAAUAGUACUUGUGCCAGUAUGUUUAAACGACUUUCACAGUUGAUGUGUGUGCGUGUGUGUGUGUGUAUCCAGGAAUUCUAUUACUUGAAUUCUUCGCUCCAAAAUGUGUUUCAAGGGAACAUUGUCGUGUGAAAACAUCCUUUGCGGUGCUUUGUAUGAAUGUGUUUGUAUGUUUACGUGUUUGUAUGGUCUACAUGUAUUUUCAAGUUGUCAUGUAUGUUUUAUGAAGAAAACACUUUGAAUGAAUGAAUGUUUUUUAAGCUAAAAGUAAAACUAUGAAUAUUAAUUUCAUUUUGUUUGGAAUAUGAAGUCCAUGAUCUCAUUCCAAUAUAUUUCAGUACUGCUUGAUCACAGGGAUUUUACUUGCACAUUCCAUUUCUGUAGCCACCUUUUCUUUAUUUGAAGGAAUAAUAAAACUUAAAAAUUGA